CGCAAUCAUACAACCAGAGAACGAACCGCCUCUCCCGACCAUCCAAAGAAACCCCAAAAGAUCACUUCAUCAUGUCCGAAGGCGGAGGCUGGAGUACCAUUGAAUCCGACGAGGGCGUCUUCACCUCUCUGAUCGAGAACCUCGGCGUCAAAGAUGUGCAAUUCGAAGAACUCAUCUCCUUAGAUGCGGACACAAUCCGCUCUCUAAGCCCCGUCUACGGCGUUAUCUUCCUCUUCAAAUGGAUCCGCGAACAACAACAACCAAGCGCCACAACCGCCGCACCGAUAUCAUCCUCAUCACAACAACCCCCUUCAGGAACCUACGACACCUCCCCGCCGCCGUCCCUCUUCUUCGCGAACCAAACCAUCCAAAACGCCUGCGGCACGCAAGCCAUCUUGUCCGUGAUCCUCAACCACGAUGACGCCGCCUCCGCCUCGUCAACAAAUCCCUCCGCAGCACCGGCCAUCGCCAUCGGGCCCGAGCUGCGCGCCUUCAAGGACUUCACCACGGGGUUCCCGCCCGACCUGCUGGGUGAGGCCCUCUCGAACAGCGAACCGAUCCGCACCGCCCACAACGCCUUCGCGCGCUCCUCGCCCUUCGUCGAUGAGAUCGUCCGGCCGCACCAGGAUGAGGAAGGUGGCGACGUCUACCACUUCAUCGCCUACACCCCCGUCAACGGCCGGCUGUAUGAGCUGGACGGCUUGCAGCCGCACCCCAUCUCCCACGGGGACUGUACCCCCGAGGAGUUUCCCGACAAGGUGAUCGGUGUGAUCCAGCAGCGCAUUGCCCGGUACCCCGAGGGGGAGACGAGAUUCAACCUCAUGGCCGUGUGUCGGGAUCUGCGCGUCCGGGCACGCGAGUUUGGCGACGCGGAGGCGUUGGAGACGGAGGAGCGGAAGCGGAGGGCCUGGGCGUGGGAGAACACCUUGCGGAAGUCCAACUUCGUGGGUUUCAUUGGGGAGAUGAUGAAGGGCGUGGCGGGCAUGAAGGAGCAGGAGGGUAAGUUUGACGAGUGGGUCGAGGGAGCGAAGAAGGAGACGCAGAGAAAGUUGCUGAGGAGGUGAUCUUCUUCCAAAUUCUAAAUUCUCGUGUUAUGUCUAGUCGAAGGUCCCUGUCUAUGGCUUCUUGGAUGACGUCAAUUUAGAAUCUGUAAUGAUACUCCUGGCUAUGUAGGUAUGAUGUAUGUAUGUACAGUACAAAAAACAACAAG